AUGCCGGCAGGCUGGUCUGACAUCCAAACCCAGGCGCUUGCGCUCAGUGGCUUCCUCGAAGAGGCCAACAUCACAUCUGCGGACCUUCUCGCAGUUCUCGAAUACAAGCGGUAUCGCGGGUAUCUCGUGGAUGGCAUUAGGUCGUAUGCUAACGAUCUGAAGAAGCGCGGAAUCAUCCCUUCUGUCGUCGGCAACGAAGACUUACGAGCGGAAGAUCGCUUCCAUCCCAUCCAUCGAUGA